AACCAAGGCAUUGCACCUUCAUAUAUCGAGUUUGGUCUAGAUUCAUUUACGGCUAUUUUUAGAAUACUGAAGUGGGAGCGCGGCAAAGCUUUUGGGUACUGCCCUGAACGCGCGAGUUUUUCUCAUGUCGCGCCUGCCUGUGCGAAAAAUUCGCGCGACCCUUUAUCUCACAUGUUAUUCUGCCCUACUAGUGCAUCACAGUGCUGUCAUAAACUGCUUUUGCAUCGACCAGACUAG